AUGUCUGACAAUGACCCACACCCCCGCACGAAGAUGAACAACGAAUUGCAGAGGAUAUAUGGUCCCUCUGCACAAGACCAUGUCACGUGGGAUGUCCAUUCGCAAGGCCCUCCCAAUGCUUUGACGUGGUAUGCGACCGUCUACAUUGAUGAUAUAAAGCACGGCGAUGCUGCAUCCAAAACCAGAGGUGGUGCUCAAGACGAGGCUGCGAGACAGGCAUAUAACUGGCUGAGGAAUGAACCAUCCCGUCGAUGA